UAACUGGCCUCACUCUCUCCCUCUUUCUCUCGUUGGAGCACUGGAACCAGCACGAUAUUCUUCAAUAAGAAUGGACCAAUCUCACAGAAGUAGUUGAACUGCACAAUACUCGUGUUUUCCACUCCCCACCUUCUAAAAGUUGAAAAGAUAAGUUACCUAGACUACCACGUUCCUCUCCUUUCCUUCACUUUUUUGCUUUAAGAAAAUGCAGUUACCUACACCACCAUCUCUGUGGGCGGGGCUAUGCAGCAAAACUACAUUGACAUUGCCGAUCGAGUCAUCGCUAUGAGUAUCAUCGUGCAAUUUUCUCCAGCAAUUUUUUUUCUGGUGCAUCACCUUUUUGUAAGAUUAUAAAUAGCAGGAACAUGAGAGGAAGCUAGAGAAGCAGGUGAUCAAAUGAAAAAAUUCUAGUUUGUGUGGUUGGUACGUCGCCAAUGGCGGUUUCUGCUUACUCGACCUUGUCCGUGACAAGGUCUUUAACUCUGUUGGUCGUCGUCCUCUCCGGGCUUCUUGCCUCUGCUUCCUCCGGCGAAGAUCUGCUUCGCCUCAACUACUACGCAGAGAGUUGCCCGAGGGCGGAAGAGAUAAUCAGGGAUCAAGUCGAUAAGCUGUAUCAAGAGCACGGGAACACGGCCGUCUCGUGGCUCAGGAAUCUUUUCCACGACUGCAUGGUCGAGUCUUGUGAUGCAUCCCUUCUGCUCGAAACCAGCGGCAGCAUGAUCACCGAGAAGAACUCGUUCCGGAACUUUGGAAUGAGGAAUUUCAAGUAUGUUGAUGCCAUGAAGCAGGCUGUAGAGAGCGAGUGCCCUGGCGUUGUGUCAUGCGCAGAUGUUAUUGCUCUUUCUGCAAGAGAUGGACUGGUCAAGCUGGGAGGGCCAUAUGUCGCCAUGAAAACAGGGAGACGAGACAGCAAAGUCAGCCAUUUCUCUGUGGUGGAAGAGCAACUUCCUAAUCACAAUGACUCCUUGGAGUUGGUCACCUUGCGCUUCCAAUCCAUCGGAGUGGACGUGGAAGGAAUGGUGGCUCUUCUAGGAGCUCACUCUGUUGGAAGAAUACAUUGCGUGAAUCUGGUGAACAGACUCUACCCUGAAAUUGAUCCGACCAUAGAUGCCGAGUACGGGCAGUACCUGAGGAGGAGGUGCCCAUCACCUGAUCCUGAUCCCAAGGCGGUGGCGUAUUCCAGGAAUGAUCGAGAAACCCCCAUGGUUGUGGACAACAUGUACUACCAGAAUCUGCUGGCCAACAAGGGGCUUUUGCUGGUUGAUCAGCAGCUAAUCUAUAAUAAAGAGUCAUUGCAGUAUGUGCAGAAGAUGGCAAUGGACAACAACUAUUUCAGAGAGCAGUUCUCCAGGGCAUUGCUCAUCCUGUCUGAGUACAACCCACUUACUGGAGACCAAGGUGAAGUGAGAAAGAACUGCAGAUAUGUAAACCAAAACUAGUUCAGGCAUAAAUUAGAAGAAGAGAAAUUCAUGUGCCUCUUCCGAAGCUCGAACUUGCAUUUUAACUGAAAAUCUGUAUGUUGGCCAUUACUCAGCACGUACCUGGGCCUUUUGUUUUGAUUGUUUUCAGAACAAGGUGACAACAAAUUUCCUAGUA